UAAGUCAUGUAGCGGGAGCAGUUUCAUAGGUAUAAAGAAGUUUAUAGGCAAACUUGUCAGAUGACGUUUCCCAGGUUACGGUACCGUACCUUGACGCAAUACGUUUAUUCUGCACGCAGAUCGCCAAUUUUAGUUCCAUUCUUUGGAGGUUCCUUGCUCUCGUUCAACAUUGCAGCAAUAUUAUUUGGUAUGUUAUAUAAUUGAAAGUUUAAACUGAUGAUUGUAUAACAUUUGGAAUGGGCAGUUCGGCUCUACCGCUGUCAUUACUUGCAAAAGGAAUUGGCCAGGUGGUAACAAAUGGCCAUGAAAAAUUGGAAGUUUAUCUCGAACCAGAAGAUUAUUACAAUUUAAAAUCAUAUUCUCCUUAUCAUGUGCAAGCAUUGCAAGAAAAUGAAUCAUUAUUGCAAGUUGGUGGAAAUGAAACAAAACUUCUUCAAUUACAUAAAACAUUUGUUACUAGAAAAGGUGCUCUUCUUAUAUUUUCUGAAGAAUUAGCAAAUAAAGCAAUCCAAGAAGAACAACGGAGAUUAGAUUUAAAACAUCAACAACAGAAAUUGCUUGAAAGACAACAAUGGGAAGACAUUGGGGAAACAUCAUCAAAAUAUGAAGAAAGUGAAAAAGGAGAUGAUCCUCUGAGAACAGUGCAUGAUUUAAGAGUUGCUAUACUUAUGUAUGGAAAUAGACCUGAAUAUAGAAAAAGAGGUGAUGAUCUGUACUUGCGUUUCAUUCACGAAUCAAAAUCAUUGAAAGAUGAAAGAAAGAUUCGACCAGGUUUCAGUCCUAAAAGAUACAUCACAGCAUGGUCCAAGUAUUGGCACGAAGAAAUGCUACAAAAACUACGAACAAGCGGUUUGAUUCAAGACAAAACUAUUUAUCGACAGAAUCCAUUAUUGCCACAUUUGUAUCAACCAGCAUCAUACAAUUUAUCAACAGUACCACCACCAUAUCGUGUCACCAGGAAUAUGCUUCAUGCAGGAGAUGUUGGUACAUAUGCUUAUCACCGACCACAUCGUUCCAAAUUGCAAGCACCUGAACUUUUGGAUGAUAAAGAAGCGAAAAUUUCCAUAAGGAAAAAACCACCUCCGUCAACUGAUAGUAAAGUAGUAAAGAAAGAAGGACGAGAACCUAUUCCUCUCGGCUCAAUUCAAGCUGUUCGAUUUCUUGAGACUGGGGAAGUACAAGAAGUCAAAUAUUCAGAAUUAAAACCGCAAGAAAAGAAAGAGAUUCUUGCUGAACUUUUGCAAACAGCAUGGGAGCAUGGUAAACACAUUGAAGAAAUGCUUGAUUUAGUUUUGGCAGCGAAUAAACCUCGUACACAAAGUGCGGCUUCUUCUUCAGCAGCAAGUGAACUUAUGAUGGAUAUGCAUCGUGCAAUUUUAAGCCUCGCUGAUUCUCCCAUUCAAAGACAACUUCAGCAAAAACAACAAGUAUUAAAAAUAGAGGAAGAAAAACAAAAAAGGAAAGACAAGAGGGAAGCUGCAAAGUUGGAAAGAAAAAGGCAACGACAAAGAAGAAGAGAAGAAAGGGAGGCACAAAUUGCCAGAGAGCAUGAAAACCAAGAAGCUGACAAGAAACAUGCAGAAGAAGAUAGACAGCGAAGGAAGGAGAGAAUUAGAAAACAGGCAGAACAGAAAGAAUUGAUCCAUGAAGCAGAACAGCAAAGAAUACUGCAGGAAGAAUACCAAAAACAAGCAGAACAUGAUGAAAGAGAGAAAAGGAGAGAAGCAAGAAGAGAAGCAAGAAGAAAAAAGGACGAAGAAAGAGUCGCAAGAAAGAAAGAAAAGGAAGAAGAAGCGAGAAAGCAACAGGAAGAAGAAGAACAACGAAUUUUGGAAGAGAAACAAGAAAGAGAACAAAGGAGAGAAGAAAGAAGAAGGCAAAGAGCAGAGAGAAAACAGAAAAAAGAACAAGAAGAAAAGGAGAGAGAAGAAAGCGCAAGGAUGAGAAGAGAGACCCGGCAUGCAGAUGGAGAAGAUCAACAUGUGAAAACACAGGAUCAAAGAAAACAUGCAGAUGAUGCUCCAAGAUAUUAUAGUGAUCAGCAACAGCCUAUUGGACAACCAGUUGACCAAUCUUUUAAUCGUCAAGAACAUCGUCAGCAACCAUUACAGGACGACAGUGUGAUUUUGCAUGUAGAUAUGGUCAACCAAAGUGAAACUAUGCUAAAGAGCCGACAGAUGCCAGCUGUACCACAAAACACUCCUGCUACACAACAGAGAGUUGUUGGAAUUCAAAGACAAGUUCCACUACAGAAUGUCAUUUAUGAAGCAAAAAGCAAACGAAGUCAUGGAAGUUCAAGUUCAACAUCUUCAACGCACUCAAGGAGGAGAGCUCCUCAUGCGGCUGCAGGAACACUCAUUUCUGACGGUGAUGGACAGUUUGCUCAUUACAGUUCUGCCCAACCAAUUCCGCCUACAAAACCACAAAAACGUACCAAACAACGAAAACUAUCACCAUUACAGCAGCAACCUAUUGAGCUAGCCUUUUCUAUUGUUUCGAGUCAUUCCUCUAAACCGAAUGUGUUUCCUGCUGUUCUUCCUGGUGACACAGCUUCAUCUCAUGGAAAAUCAAGUUUUUAUGGAGGGGCCAUGCCAAUUACGAGCAAUAUUGUAAAACAAACACUAUCAGAUAAGAUAUCACUAUUAUCAGCAAGUCAAGAUAACUCAAGUCAACAUCAUUCUCUAGCAGAUACAUAUCCACAUGUCAAUGAACAGUACGGUGUACCGGUAAUUGGAGUUGAACCACCUACACCAGUACAACCAUCAAAACAACAAUCACAAGUUGUUAUUCCACCUUCACCUGUUCAAUCUGCUAGUACAAAGUCAACAUUAAAGAAAACAUCAGAUAAAGCUUCAUCAUUGAAUUAUUCUAAUGAAUCUGAAGAUGAACCUUAUUUGUCCGACCAUUCAAGUCGUUCUUUACCUCGAUCGGUUCGAAGUGAAGGCAAACAGCCAUUGAAGUCUGUAAAGAAGUCAUCCACAACUGUUAGUGGUGGAACUCUUGCAAGUACGUCAGAAACUGGUUAUCAAGCUAUGAAAGGAAUGAAAGGGCCUGGAAGUCAGUCAUCUGCUGCAGCAUUAUCUCACAAAACGGGGAGUAAAAAGAGUUCUUCUAUCACCAGAGGUAGUUUGCCAAAUGCUUUAUUGAAACGGGAUCAAGCUGCCAUAUUUAUGCCCGAUAAAGAAAUUAUUGAAAUUGACGUCAAUAUAAAACCUGAUUUGUUGUCCUCGACAUACAAGAGCACAACUAUAAAAUCGAGUGUUGAAACGGAAACAGUGACGGAACUUCAAAAGCUGUCAAUUAAACCAUCGCUGAAGGAUAAUUCACAAGAAAGCAGUUCAGUUAAGUCCAGUGGACGAGUUUCAUUUCAAGAUGAAACAGCGGAAGGAACGACUGAAGAGGAAACGGAUGAAAAAGAAGCAGAAUCGAAAGAACAGGAGGCAGAAUCAGAAGAAGAAUCGGAAGCUUCAGAAGAAACUGAGAAAGACGAUGCUUGGCCAGAGCCUACUAAAGCUGAUUUACGACCGAUUUCAAGCAGAUCUGCCAAGUUAACUGAGCAUGCUCAAAAGGUUGCACAGAUUGUUAUUGAAGGUCAACGGACUGACUCAAGAUUAGAAGAAGACGCAACAGAAGCUGCUAAAUUGUGGAAUGCUGUUGCUAAAUCACAAGAAGGUUCAAGUGAAGAGGAAAGUGAGGAUGAGAGUGAAGAAGAGGAUGAAGAAAGCAGUGCAGCAUGGAAUGCUGACCAGAAUCAAGGAGAAGAAAAACCAAAACAAGAGGAAGACCAAAAAAGCUCCCUCAGUGGCAAAGACAAAGCACUGAAAAAAAUUGAUCAAAAACCACCAAAACAAAAAGAGAUAGUCGCACGAAAUAAAACUGUAACGAAACCACCUCCAGCUGUUGCUGCGUCUGUCAAGUCAUAUAAAUCAACUAGUUCGGGAAAAACGUCAAUAUCAUCAGUGCAAGCGUAUUUAGAUGUUUGGUUUCCAAGAUUGUCAAUAUAUCGCCGAGGUCAAGUUCACUUCAAAAUGGAAGCUUUUGUCAAGGAAGUAAGACGUAAAGCAAGCGAACUUGGUAUUGAUGAAUCCGAACUUCAGUUUGAUGCUCAACUUGUUGAUAAGGUGUACAACUCGACAAUUGAACCUGAGGAAGUAGAAGUUUUUCAUGAUACUGAUGCUGGAAAACAUGUUGUUCGAUCAAGACAUAGUUCUGUGACAACAAAGUCUAUAAAAACAGACACAACAGAGACAAGUACCUCAGAAAAGAAAAAGAAGUUUGUCAUCGACCUUCCUACACAGGAAAUCACGGCACAUUCUGUAACACCACAUCACUCUGUAUCUACUACAUCAUCCACUACUGCCUCACCUACUUCACCCUCAAGAUUUAGAGCACUUAGUCAAUCAAGUAGUGUGCACUCCAGGAAACGAAAGUCUUCAAUACCUGGUAAGGAAGAAAAAGAUGUUUCACUAGAAUAUGAAUUGACAUCAUAUGAAGCCAAACUGGGUGAUCCCAAACCAGAAGAACCAGUCACAGUCAUGCCCAGACCAAAACUAGAACCAGAAAAGCUUGUGGAAACUCAAGGAAAAUCUGAUGCAAGAAAACACAAGGGGAAAAAUCAUUAAAAGAAGAAAAGUUAAAGUCUAAAGGCAAGAUGGCUAAAACCACUGGCAUCACAGAGUCAAAAGAAAUUGCAGAAAGUGUCAGCUCAGACAAAGACAGUGUAAAACCGAAACAAACAGCGGAAGCUAAAUCACAGGU